AUGUCCAACGGAAUCUCGUCUGCAGAAGGAUCUCCAAGCUCAGAUCGCGGAGGCUCGUCGGAUUCCGUCGUCAGAUGGCCAAUAGCAGAAGCCCGCGUGGCUGAUCUGAUUUCCCAGAUUCAACCCACAACAAGAGCAGAGGAAAGACGGCUGGCCGUUUCCGAAUACGUCACGAGGCUUAUCUCACGUUGCUUCGAGUGCCAGGUGUUUAUGUUCGGGUCAGUGCCUCUGAAGACUUAUCUGCCCGACGGCGACAUUGACUUAACCGCAUUCUCCCGAGGUCCUACCGUGAAGGACGCGUGGGUUCACGACGUUCAGGCGAUCCUGGAACGCGAAGAGCGGAACGCAGAUGCUCUUUUUCAAGUGAAAGAAGUUCAGUACAUUCACGCCGAGGUCAAGCUCAUCAAGUGUCUCGUGCAGAACAUCGUCGUUGAUAUUUCUUUCAAUCAGCUCGGCGGCCUAUGCACGCUUGGGUUUCUAGAAGAGGUGGACGCGCUGAUUGGCCGGAACCACAUUUUCAAGCGGAGCAUUAUACUGGUGAAGGCCUGGUGUUACUACGAGAGCCGGAUUCUAGGGGCUCACCACGGGCUCAUCUCCACUUACGGCCUGGAGACCCUUGUUCUGUACAUUUUUCACGUGUUUCACAAGGAGCUGCACAGUCCGCUGCACGUGCUUGUCAAGUUUCUCGAGGUGUUCAGCAAGUUUGACUGGGAGCAGUUUUGCCUCAGCCUCAAAGGCCCCGUUCCUCUCUCUUCUCUCCCCACCAUGCUCGCUGAGAGGCCUGGUGGAGUAGAGGACCUGCUCCUCACAGACGAGUUUCUGGCAGAGUGCUAUGCCAAGUACUCGCUAGCUCCCAUGGUCCAGAAGCGGCCGUUCAUGGUCAAGUUUCUCAACAUCAUUGACCCUCUCCUCGACAAUAAUAACCUCGGCCGCAGCGUCAGCAAAGCCAACUUCUUCCGCAUCAGGAGCGCGCUGGCGUACGGCUCGCGCAAGCUGAACGCAGUACUGAACGGCCCGGAGGAACUAGUCGCGCAGGAGGUGGACCGGUUCUUCCGCAACACGUGGGACCGCAACGCCUCUGGCGCCCGCCCUGACGGCUCCAACCACGAGUUCGUCCUGCAGCACAUGCCCCGGCGCAUGCCGCUGUUCGCCCAGCCCAUGCCGCCCCCGGUGCAAGCCGGAGGCGUGGCACCCGCAGCUGCAGCGGCGGGAGGGGCAGGGGUGGGAGCAGGAGCAGGAGCAGGGGCAGGGGCAGGGGUAGGGACGGGUGUUUAUGCGGUUAGGCCGGUCGUGGGUGUUGGUGGGGGGUAUCGGGGGCAAGUGAACGCAGCAGCGGCUCAUGAGAACAAGGCGCCGGGAGAAGGGGAUAUCAUGCGCGCGCCGUACUCCCAUGGGGGCCAGCAUGGCGUGGUGAUGAACGGAAACAUGGCCGGGCAUGUUCCUGGGAACGUCGCUGGGAACAUGGGUGGGGGCAUGGGUGGGGGCAUGGGUGGGAACAUGGGUGGGAACAUGGGGAGGCGGCAGCAGGUGCAAGCGUCAGAUGGGCCCCACCGGGUGCCAUAUGGGGGAGGUCAUUCCUGGAUCCCUGCUCCUCUGUUCCCUGUGCCUGCUAAUGUGGCGCAUGUUCCUGUGCGGCAAACUUCUGACCUGGCAGCACCCCCUAACAGAACAGCACAGGUGGAUGAUCAUGCUGUGCAGGCAGGCGCACAUGAAGCCACUGUGGCUGUGAGGACAACUGAGAACAGUGUCCUUUCCUUGGAGCAGGCCGGUCGUGCUGCUGACAGUAAAGCUUCUGUGGAGCAAGACGCGUUGGCGAGUGAGGUUCUGGAGAGGAAGAAGGCGGGAAGCGCUGUUACACGCUCGAGGGAGGAGCAGCGAAGCGGCAGUGAAAGGAGUGGAGGACAUGAGAGGAACGAAGGGAGUGAUCAGUAUGAAAGAAUUGAAGGGGGUGAAAGCCAGGGCGCACAGCAGGGCGCACAAGGAGGGCUGGAGGGAGUAGGGAAUGUAGGACCUGCUUCUGGUUCACGAGGGGCUGUUGCUGGUAACAGCUCUAGUAUCGGCACCGUCGUCGCUAGCGCCCCUGUUAUUAGCAACAGCAGCGCUGUUAGCAACUGUGGUUUGACUUCAGCCGCAGAAGCAGAGCCGGCGCAGCAGGUGUCAGGCGGGAUUGAUGCUUCUUUGGUUGCUGGUGGUGCCCUUCCGAGACAGAGCUCGGAUCAAAGCAGUGUGGGGACUCAGAGUGGGGGGAAUCAGAGUGGGGGGAAUCAGAGUGGGGGGAAUCAGAGUGGGGGGAAUCAGAGUGGGGGGAAUCAGAGUGGGGGGAAUCAGAGUGGGGGGAAUCAGAGUGGGGGGACUCAGAGUGGGGGGUACCACAGCCGCAGCAAUAGCGUUCACAGCACUGGUUCAUCCAACUCAGUGGAACCCAUGACCCAAGAUGCAAGCAUGCUGGAUGCCCGAGGCACUGCAGCAGCAGGGGCAGCGGGCGGUGCAGGGCACACAGCCUCCUCCUCCCCAGUCAUGUCCAGUACCAGUUCCCCCACACCUGACUCCUUUCUCACCACCCCAGACGCCCGUUCCCAAACCGUUCAACCCAGUGCCCCCCCUGCUCCGCUCGGCCCUCCUCUUGGCCCUCCAGCCAGCUCUCCCGCAGGCCCCUCACCUCUUCCCCAUGUCAGCCCGUUCCCAUUCCCCCCAGGCCUCCUCAUAAUGGCUUCUACCCCCAACGGCCCCUGCCUUGUCCCGCUCUCCGCGUUCCCAGGGGCGCUUCACCCGCGGCUGCUGCAGAUGCCCGUGCAGCAGCUGCAGGCGUUUGGCUCUCAACCGUCGGAUGAGAGCUUCUCCCAGCAGCUACAGCAGCAGCAGCAGCAGCAGCAGAUGCAGCAGCAGCAGCAGCAGCAGCUACAGCAGCAGCUACAGCCGAGAAGAGAAGGGGAGCCCCAGGCACCUGGUUCAGGUUCAGGCAACAACCCUCCCCACAUCAUGCCAGGAUCUCAAACCCGGCUCCCUGUUUCAACCUCGGAUGGUUCCGCGUCCCUUACUCCAGCCCCGCAGCUGUUUCCAUACAUGGCGCUCCCCAUGUCGCUGCCAGCAGCAGCAGGCUUCCCACAGGCGCCUGGGCUUGUGCCUGUGCGACCGGGAGGGUCUGAAGGAGAAGGGCCGUACAGGGGAGCGUUUGGUGUGAGUGACAGUGGUGCUAACGCGGAUGGCCCGGGGGUUUCAGACGUGGCGGCAGGUGCUGGUGCUGGUGCUGGUGCUGGUGGUGGUAGUGGUGGUGGUGGUGCUACUGGUAGUGCUGGUGAUGGCGGUAGGGGAGAGUCUGGUGCUGCGGCUGCUGCUGUGCCGCCUCCUGUGUUGUGGCAACGGAUGGAUCAGCUGCAGCAGGCGCCAGGCUCGAAGCUGCAGGAGCCAAGGCAGGCGCCGGGAGAGUUGAUUGGGUCAGCAGCAGGAGCAGCAGCAGGAGCAGCAGAGGGAGUGCAGGCCCCGUUACCCGAGGGCGUCAAGUCUGUCACACCUCCUCCAGGACACGUCCCGUUCAUUCCCCUCAUCCGACCUGCCUCCGGCGCCCCUCCCUUUGCCCAAAUCCCCGGCAUGGCCCCGUUCCUCCCCCAAAUCCCCAUCAGAGCGCUCCACCUCGCGCCCCCCUGGAUGUUCUCCCCGCAUGGCCAUGCGCCCAUGCAAGCCCAGGGCGCUGGCGUGGCAGCCGGUGAUUGGUCGGAUGGGGUGGCUAGGGCGGGCUCGCCUAUGGCUGGUAGCAGUCUGGGUCUGUCUGGGUCUGCGGCAGGGAAGAGUGCAGAUGGGGAUGGUAGGGAGGAUGUGGAGAAAACAGGGGCAGGGGCAGGACUGGGGGCAGGUCCUAGGGCAGCAGCAGGGGCGCCAGUGGUGUUUGUGGGAGAGGGGAAGGCGGGCGUUGGCGCUAGCAGCAGCAGUGGUGGGAUUGCGGGGCCAUCAUUGACCUCCAGUGGGUCUCCUUUGGUGGGUCCGUUGGGUAUGCCACUGGGCAGGGAGUCUCCAGGGUUUGGUUCCCAAGGGGACUCUCUCAGAUACAGCAGCUCAGCCACAGCACCAGCAGCAGCUCCUACGGACGCGGUGCUGCGUCAGCGUACAGCAGCCGAUUCCUCAGCUGCGCCUGCCUUGAAUAGGCCCUCCCCAGGUGCACCCAACCCUGCUCUGCUCCACCCAAAUCCUGCCAUCCCGUCACCCACGUUUGGUCCAUCCAAACCGAACGCCGAUCCCAGCAAGCAGCAACCAUAUGUCCCAACCACCUUCCCCACUGGUGCCCCAGGGGUUCCAGGAGUUUCUGCGGGAGGCUCUGGUGCUGCCAAUGCAGGCGGCGUAUUCCCCCUCCACCCGUUCUCCCGCCCGCUAGGUCCCCAAGCUGUUCUGCUGUCGCAUUUAGGAGGGCCGCCGGGUGUCUUCCCCUCGUACGUGCUUGCUAACACUCCCGCCACGCAAGCAGUCACCCAAGCAGGUGCCGCGGGUGCACAGGCCGUAGCUGCCCCAGGUGCAUCUCCAAGCGUUCCAACCACAGCAAGUGGCGGUGCUGCCCCUGCUGCUGGGUUGGUCAGUGCUGUUGCUGCUCCGUCGCCCUCUGUGCAACCUAGUCCGGUGCCAGGGCAGGCAGGUGGAGGCAGCGAGGGAGGCAAGGCGGUGCAGAUGCUUCCUCCUAACCCGCAGCUACUGCAGCCAGGCACGUUCCCUCCUGGGGCAAUACCAGGUGGAAUCUCAGGUGGGCCUUACUCCUUCAUGCUCAUGUAUGCCCCCCAGCCUGGCAUGUUCCCGGGCGGUGGAGUGCCAGCGGCAGGGACGGCAGGGGUGGCAGGGGCUGUCAGUGGAGUAGCAGGGGUGGGAGGAGGGGUUGAAGGAGGAGAGGGAGGAGCGGGAAGAGGAGCCGGUGGAGAGGGAGGAGGAGUGGGAGGGAAGGAGGAGGGGAUGAUGAGGUCGGGUGAAGGGAGUGUGGAGAGCAGAGAGAGUGUAUCGGCCUCUGCUGUUUCUCCUACUGUCAUUGAAGCAUCAGCAUCAGCAUCAGCAGCUGUGGGCUCUGAUACAGGUGCACUCAAUCCUCUCUCCUCUUCUCCUUCCUCCUCCUCCUCCUCGUUGCCUUUUUUGUCGUCUUCCUCGCUGCGUGCACGGUCAAAUCCCGUGGCCACUAGGGACCCCUCGUCUUCCACUGCCACUGCUCCACGCGUGGUGCGAGGCAGGGGUGGUAGCGGCGGGGGGAGUGAGGGCGUGUUAGCAGAUUCACGUAGGGGGGGCAGUGGAUCAGGGGGUGAAGGCGGGUUAGCAGAGUUACGGGCUGAUGCUGCUGGGGAGGUUGCGUCUUGGGGCAGCGGGGAAGGGGCAGGUCGUGGCAUGGGGGAGGGUGGGAAAAGGAGCACAGGGGACGGGUCUCAACGGGGCCAUGGGACCACUGCAGGAGGUGUAGUGAGAGGGGAGGUGCGGCAGUCUGGUGCAGGGAAGCAGCAACGAGGGGGCACAAGAGGGGAGGAUGGGCGAGUCACUACCAUCCAGCCCGCUCUUCCCAACACUGUAUGUCCUGAACCUCCAUUCAUUUCACCUCUCAUGGCACAGCAGGGCGCCGAGCCUGUGGAGCUGGAUCGGCGAGUGCCCGAAGCAGAUGACGAGCCACUAGCCUCGGCAGAGACUUCCACGGGGUGGGGAGAAGCAGAGGCGUCUGGUGAGGCUGGGGGUAGUGCGUUUGUUAGCAGUGCAAUGCAGAGGGAGGAGGGGGGAUUGCCUGAGGCAGGGCGCAGCAACAGCCCUGACGGGGGCUCUGAUGGGCUGGGGAUUUCUGGAGGGUCUGUGGUACCUGGAGCACCAACAGCAGGGCCAGGAGUUUCUUCAGGUAGCUCAGGUGCUUCAGGUGCCUCAGGGCCUAAGAGUAGUUCCAGUGGAGGCAACUCAGUGGUGAGUGGCAGGGAGAGAGGAGGGGCCAGCAGUACUGGGGGGAAGGCGGAGAGCAGGAGCAGCAGUGGCAAGGGUGCUGCUGGCUCUGCAGGUUCUGCUUCGUUGUCUGCAGCAGCGAUGGUGCCACCAUCUCUGCGGUCGAUGUCACCUCGGGCGGGUGGGAAGGGGAAUGCGGGCGCAGGGGCGGGACGAAGUGGACAGAGUGGGAGCGGAAGUGGCUCUCCGGUGUUAAACUCUCCCAAAGCAGCGAAAAGAAUAAGAGGGGAAGAUGCUUUUUAUGAACUCAAGGACGAGGAUUUCCCGCCAUUACACACUCCCAAGCAGGAAGGUAGGCUAGAUGUGGUGAAGGCUGUUACUGGGGGAGGUGGUUUAGCUGAUGGUGCAGGUGAUAAAACCGGAUGGCAGGAGGAGCGUGGUUCAGGGGUGAGCGGAGGUGGCGGUGCGCGAGUGAAGGUGAUUCUAGAGAGGGAGAUUUUCCGCACUGUUACGGCUGGUGAUGAUGCUUAUAGCGAGUCUGAGGCUGAUGGCAGCAGCAACAGAGGGGGGAACAGCAGCAAGAGCGGAAGCAAGAGUGGGAGCAAGAGUGGGAGCAAGGGCAAGAAGGGCAGCAAAGUGCGGAGUGUGUGCCGGGUGAAUGGAGUGGUGGUGCCUCUGAAGCUGCUGCGUGCUGUAGGUGCAUCCCUGGUGGAUCUGAACGGACAGAAUGCCCAGGGGGCGCUGAGGAGCGAAGGCGCUCAGCUGAUGCUGCUGGAUAGAUUCGCAGCGCGGUGGGGUGGUGGGCAAGGGAUGGGGCUCGGUGGAGAGAAAGGGAUGGGGCCUGGUGGAGAGAAGGGUGUGGGAAAGGAGAGAGAGGAGGAGGGAAGGAUGAGGGAGGAAGAAGAGGAAAAUAGAAGGGAGGGAGAGGUGGAAGAGGAGGAAGAGCAGGAGGGUGGGGAGGAAAGGGCGGAGGUGGGGGUCUUGCUGUCAAGGGCGCGGGAGGUGUGGGAGGAGCAGAAGAGGCUGCAGGAGGCAGGAGGGGAGCAGGCGUUGAUGGUGCUGCAAGAACUAGUUGAGGAUGUAGAGAGACUGGGGCUGAAGGAAGGGGAAGUAGAGGCGAUUAGGGAGGAGAUUAAGGAGCACGAGCGGGCAGGCAGGGCAGCUGAGAGCUGUAGUCGCGCCCAUGGGAUUCUGGAGGGAGUUGGAGCGUUAGGCGUGCUGCAUGGGUUGAAGGUGGUUCGCAAGCGCCAUGCCAUUCGUUCAGCAGCAGAGCUCUGGGCUGCCGCCCAGACUGCAGCAGAUCAGAUCGCCAGCUCAGGGAGUGUGGACAAGAGGCGGAGGGAGCUACAAGACGAAAUGAGCCGUCUCGCAGCGGAGAUCGGGCGGCAGUUUUUGGCAGCUAGCAGGAGAAGGCGGGUGGCAGCAGAGGAUCUGGGGGAGCGAGUGGAGGGCGUGCUGAGAGGGCUGGAGAUGGGUUCUGCGCGGUUCAGAGCGGUGGUGUCGUGGGAGCCAGCAACCCCCCGCGUCUACAGUGCCACGGUCAUGUUGGCGCUCAAAAUCAUUGCUGCUACCACCAGCAGCAGUGAUCUCACAGCACUCAGCGUGUCAGUGUUUGAUGAGCUGGACAGCGGUGUGGGCGGCAGGAUUGCGUCCCGAUUCGCCCUUGCCCUGCGCCACCUGUGCAGACAGGGUAACCAGGUCAUCUGCAUAACCCACCUGCCGCAGGUGGCAGUGCAUGCAGACGCGCACAUCAGUGUGAGCAAGCGAGUGGACGGGACUGAUGGCCGCAUGCGCACCACUGCUGCCCGCCUCACAACGCUGGAAGAACGGGCCACGGAGGUGGCUCAGAUGCUGGGACUGGGUCUCCCAUCAGCUCUGGAGCUGUUCAAUGCAAAUGGGGACACGGAGGGACAAGUGAAUAGGGAGGGACCCGUGAAUAGGGAGGGACCCGUGAAUAGGGAGGGACCCGUGAAUAGGGAGGGACCCGUGAAUAGGGAGGGACCCGUGAAUAGGGAGGGACCCGUGAAUAGGGAGGGACCCGUGAAUAGGGAGGGACCCGUGAAUACAGAGGAAGCAGUGAAUGCGGAGCAGCACUUGAAGGCUGUCAAGUGGGAUGCUUGA